GGAGGAGAACAUAAAACCAUAACUCUCACAGUUUUAGGGUUCUUCCCCAACAUCUCUCCUUCCCCACAGAAAUAAAGAUUUCGUUAACAAGCACAUUAAGAACCGUCUCUCUCAAUCUCGUGAUUGAUUCAAUGCCUGCAAAUCCAUUCUCCUUUUCGUCUGCUCAAAAACCUAACCAGUUCGAAAAAGCUCCCUUUCUCUGCAGAGAGGCGAGCAAUUUCGGCUUUACCUCAAUAACCCAGUCCUCAAAUAGGUUAGUCCCUCUUAAUCUAGAAUCUUCACGACUCUUAUAAUCUUAAGGCUCUGAAAUUCCUUUGUUCAUGGCGCCCAGUCGCAGAAGAGGCAAAUCUUCCGCAGCCGCCGCUCGACGGCAGUGGAAAGUUGGGGAUCUUGUCCUCGCCAAGGUGAAAGGCUUUCCUGCCUGGCCUGCGACGGUAAGUGAACCGGCAAAAUGGGGCUAUUCAACGGACUGGAAGAAAGUGCUUGUUUACUUCUUUGGGACCAAACAAAUUGCUUUUUGCAAUCCUGCCGAUGUUGAAGCAUUUACAGAAGAGAAAAAAAAUUCCUUGCUAAUUAAACGUCAGGGUAAGGGGGCUGACUUUGUUCGUGCAGUAGAGGAGAUUAUCGAUAGCUAUGAGAAGGCAAAGAAGCAGGACCAAGAUGUCGAGUUCAACUCAGGUGAUGAAGGUACUGUGUCAAACACUGGGAAUUCAGAGGGUUCUGGUGGGAAAUCAUGGAUGAAUGGCCAGACACAGAACCCUAUGAUGAUGUCCAAUUCUCAUUCGGAGUCUUUAAAUGCUUCUAAGGAUAGCAAUGAGUCAUGCAAUCCCAUUGUUGUUCCUGUUUCUACAAUGGAUAUAACUGAACUGCAGGGUAUGGAGACAGUAUCUGAGGAGCGUAUGGAAAAUUCACUGUUUCUUACUAACCUUCGAGAAACAAGUUUGGAGACUAAUACUGCUUUGAGAAAAAGAUUAAGAGAAACACAACUUCAAGGAUGUUUUGUGCAGAGGAGGGCACCAUCGAUUCGAAGGUCUAGAAGUUCAUUGAAGGUUGAUCCUUGCAAAUUUCAAAGUUUUAUCAGGCCAUUAAAUGGUUGUAGCAAGACUGCUGAAUUUCUAGCCCAUACUUCUAGUUUGGAUGAACCCUCGACAAAGAAACGGAUGAGAAAAUCACUGGAUCCCUCUGUUCGGCAGGAUGUAGAUUCACUACUUCGUUUUGCAGCUUUAGCUUCUAAUGGUAGUAGUGAGGACAACGGUUCUGAGGUAGUUGCAACUAACUCUGAUAUAAUUAGCUUGAAUGAAGGAAGCACAUUGGAAUCCAGCUGCAAAGUUGAACAACAUGAGACUCUUGGAUGUCUGGAGAGAGCCGUGGAGUUGAAUGAAAGGCUUGAUCUCCAGAGUAACACAGUUGUCCUUAAGAAGAGAAGAAAACCAAAUAGAAAGCGAGUUAUUCAGGAUGCAGCAGAAUGUACUCCUAGACCUGACAAAGAGGCAAGUGUUGGGGCUGGCAUAAUUAUAACUGUACAAAAUUCUCCUUGUGAGAAGUUAGAUGAGAGGUCCGGUAAAGGUGAUGGGGAUGAACACCUACCUUUAUUAAAGAGAGCUAGGGUUCGAAUGGGUAAACCAUCUAGAGAGGAGGAGCUUGUUAAUUCCAUGCACACAGAAGAGAAGCCCUCAGAGGGUGAUUUUGUUCUUAAGACAUCGAAAAAUGAGAUAGAGCAUGAAAACCCCAUGAACACAGAAAGGAAACCUACUAAGGAGGUUCUUGUUAAUAAUUCAGAGCAGGUUUCCGCAUCCACUGUUUGUUAUGAUAAUUGUUCUGUUGGUAAAACCUCGUUGGAGGCAAAGGGAGCAAUGAGUAAUUCAUCACCUUUGAAAAAUCGCUCCCAUAGUGAUUCGUCACCUUUGAAAAAUUGCUCCCAUAGUACAGAAAAUGGAAUUACAUUUUGGAAAGCUAAGAAAUAUCAAUGGUGUGGUGGGUCGUUGGAUGGUGAAGCUGCUUUACCUCCAUCUAAACGUCUUCAUCGGGCUCUGGAAGCUAUGUCUGCCAAUGCAGCUGAAGAUGAUCAAGCAGGAAGUGAAGCUCCAGAGACCACAAAAAUGCUUUCUAGCAGCUCAUCUGAUUUGAGUCCUUGCCAUUUUCCUGGAGGUAAUGAAGUACAGAAUGCCUUGGAAAGACAAAAUAUGAACUUUAGUGAUACAUCCAGGUGUGCUGCCAGCUUUACUUCACCAAUUAACGAGGGACAGAUGGAGUAUUUAGAUAUGAAAGCUUGUGACCAUAUUGUGAGUAGUUCCACUAGCUCAAGACAAGGGGACGAUGCCCAUGAAUUGUUCGGUGAGGGUUUGAACGUUGAAAAUUCCAAAGAUCUUGAAGAUUCAUCUGUUGAUACUGAAAUUGUGAAACCGGAUGUUGAUGUUAGAAGUUCACAACCUUGUUCGUCUAACUUUGAUGAGAAGCAGGACAGCCUUGUGCCUAAAUUGGAUCGGCCUUCAUCUUCCAUGGAAGAAGACAAAAAUAUGAUUGUAGACACAGGCAAAAAGUGCUUUGAUUAUACCUUAGGGGGGGAGGGUUGUCCUCAUGCAGAUAAUGCAGGUAAUGAGAAUUGUAGUAUUCAUCAGGAACAAGAUUCCAUCUCCGAGGCUAAAGAAGUGGGCAAUUUCUCAGCUCUGAAUGGCACCGAUGUGCUUCUCUCUGCUCCUUGUGUUUGUGGUGAGGAAAUGAAAUCUCUUAAAUCUCCAACAUAUGGGAACAACAGCAAUAAUGACAUGUGUGAGGCUGCGCAAGUAGUUAGACAUAAACAAACACAGGAGGGUUUAGAUGCUUCUCCAUGUUCAACGCCAAUGAAAGUUUUAAUUGCUGCUGCCCAGGCUAAGAGACACUUAUCUAGAUCAUUUUCUCUUUCUGAUCAUCCUUUGGACAAUAAGGUCAUUGGUGAUGCUGUCUCAAUUUCGUCUCCAAGUAAUAGGUUUGAGUCUGCUGAGCAAGUAUCACCUUCCAAGACCUCGAGUUCUCAUGUUCAUGCUUUGAAUAAUAGGAUUGAUAUAUGUAACAGUGCUGGGAGUCCUGAUGUUCUUCCACACCAUAAAAAAACUGAGCAUUUGUUAGAUGUGGAAGGAAAAGGCAAAUUUGAAUCAACAGUGUCUAGGCAGAAAUCCUUUGGUAAAUGGAGUGUCCAUGCUGAAGCAAAUGCCGCACGGAAAUCUUUUGAGCUUAUGCUUGAAACAUUGUCAAGAACAAAGGAGAGUAUUGGUCGAGCAACACGCCUUGCAAUAGACUGUGCAAAAUAUGGCAUUGCCUUUGAGGUGGUGGAUAUUCUUGCACGAAAUUUGGAAAGCGAAUCAAGCUUACACAGAAGAGUGGACCUGUUUUUCCUGGUGGAUUCUAUUACCCAGUGUUCUCGUGGCCAGAAAGGUGUUGUUGGAGAUGUAUACCUUUCAGCAGUUCAAGCAGCGCUUUCACGUCUUUUGUCAGCAGCUGCUCCUCCUGGAAAUUCUGCAAGGGAAAACCGCAAGCAAUGUAUGAAGGUAUUGAGACUUUGGCUUGAACGGAAAACACUACCAGAAUCCAUUAUUCGCUACCAUAUGCGAGAACUUGAUUCUAUCGCUGAUGCAUCUGUUACUAGUGUCUUUGCUCGUCGGCCAUCAAGAUCUGAGAGGGCUUUAAAUGAUCCUAUCCGAGAAAUGGAGGGAAUGCUUGUUGAUGAGUAUGGAAGCAAUACUAGCUUUCAGUUGCCGGGUUUUAACAUGCCACAGAUGCUAAAAAACGAAGAGGAAGGGAGUGAUUCUGAUGAGAAAAACUUUGAAGCUGUUACUCCUGAACAUGAGCCUGCAGUCCCUUUAGAGCGGGAAACAGCCUCCACAUCUCUUAAUGACAAGCAUCGACAUAUUUUGGAAGAUGUUGAUGGUGAGCUUGAAAUGGAAGAUGUGGCUCCAUGUUGUGAAGUUGAAUUGAAUUCCAUCCAUAAAGGUGCAGGAGUUGAUGCCAUACGGACUUCACAUUGUCAAUUGGAUCAGCAUAUUCCCUUGCCCUUUGCCCCUCCACUUCCUGAAGAUGUGCCACCAACUCCACCCCCUCUGCCGACUUCCCCACCACCUGUGGCUCCUCUUCCACCUCCCCACCACCCUCCAUUGGCCAUUCCUCGGGCCAUUACUGAUAGUGGUGAUUCCAGCCAUUACAGCGGUGCGCAUAACAUUCAAAACCACUUCCAACAAUCUGUUGCUCAGCAAAGUGGCAGCAACGGGAUGACGUUGGAGUCGGUGCCUUACUUUACUCCCAGAUAUAGUGAUCUUCCCAUCUCGAUGCACAAACCUAGCUCCUCUUCUGGUUCCCAUGAUCUUCCUGGCUCUCAUCCAUCAACUGUUCAUCCUGCGAAUAUUGUUCCACAGACAAAUGGUGCACCAAUGGAUAACAAGGCUUACCGUCUACUGCCCCCACAGCCCAUGUCGUCAAAUCAGUUUUCCUAUGUUCAGGGAAGUCAGAAUUCACACUCUUGGAGGGAGUCGUCUUGCUCUUCAUUCACCAAGAAAUUUCAGGUUAUUCAAGAUAUAAAUGGAGACUUCUUUGCUGGUCGAGAUACAGUGAAAUUAGCCUCACAUGAGAUUGGUGAUGGAGGCAGACUUUCUGCGCCUGGUCACUCCGGCUCUGCUUAUUUUGAUAAAGCUGAGGGGUCAUAUACAACUGUCUCUUCCUACUAUGGGCCACCACGUGAACCUGCAAGGAUCCCAAACAGUGGGUGGGCUUUCCCUCCCAGAGCACUGAACUAUAGACAUUCUACACCUUCUGUUAGACCUCCGGAAGAGGCUUUGAGCCGGAACAUUUAUGAUUCCGUUGGAUCUUUAAUUGUUGAUGGGGAGCGGUGGGAUGAAGAUGUGUCUGAUCCGAUUCUUCGUAGCAGAUGGUUGGAGAUUUCUAAUACUAGAAUUCAUGGAAGGUUAACCUCUGAUUUGGUUGUUUGGACUGGGAACCCGAAUGAUUCAGCUUCAAUGCCAUGGUCUAUCGCAUUUGGAGUGAAAGGAACAGAAGGGUUUUUUUAUCAUAAGGAGAUGGCUUCUGAAAAAAUACUGCAUCAGAUUCUUUGGGAUACUAGAGCUUGGUUUUCGGGAAUCACGGCUAGAAUCCCUGAUAAUAGUGUUACUAGAGAUUUCUUUUUUCGGUGGGACAUCAAGGUGGAGUUCACGAUCAGGUGUCCAUCUCUCCACUAUUGGCUUCGCCCCCCUUCUGGCUGCAUUGCCAUCAAUUGUGAUGGUUCGGUGAAUGAUGAUCGUGGAGGGUAUGGUGCCAUGGCUCGUGAUUCGAUGGGAAUAGUUAUUUUUGCUAUGGCUGAAGGGUCUAGCGACGCCAACAUCCUACGCCUGGAGCUGGGGGUUGUCCGGUGCGGUCUUUAUAAGGCUAGUUCACUCAAGCUUCCCCGUGUUCACAUUCGGUUGGAUUCCUUUUGCGCCAUCCAUUUGAUUAAGGGGUCCUUCAAACCUCCUUGGCACUAUUUGGGAUUAUUGGAUGACAUUCAGUCUCUUACUGAAGAGUUUACCUGCUGCACUUUUGCUCACGUUGUUAUAGAAGUUAAUUCUUGUGUGGAUAUCCUAGUGAGUUUCAUACGUUCGGACCAGGAAGUCCAUCUUAGUGCAAAUUGUCUUCCUUCAACUCUUUCCCACCUUGUUGGGGAAGACUCCAGAGGAAGGAAAUACCAAAGAAUAAAUAAAAAAAAAUCCAAAGACCCAGUUGAGAGAGGGAAAAGGAAAGGCAGAAGAAAAACGUAUAAAGAACAGAGUCUGAUGGGUUCUUCUCAAUCGAUUCAGGAACAUUGCAUCCAUGAAUUCACAGUCCAGGAUAGCAGAGGUAAGGAUGUUGAUCUUAAUAUGUACAAAGGGAAGGUUCUCCUUGUUGUUAAUGUUGCUUCCAAAUGUGGUCUUACAGACAGCAAUUAUACAGAGUUGACAGAACUCUACACUAAAUACAAGGACAAAGGUUUGGAGAUAUUGGCAUUUCCAUGCAAUCAAUUCUUGUAUCAAGAGCCUGGCACAGGCCUCGAAGCAGAGACUUUUGCUUGUACAAGAUACAAGGCUGAGUAUCCAGUUUUCCAAAAGGUUUGUGUGAAUGGUCCAGAAACAACACCAGUCUACAAAUUCCUGAAGGCUAGUAAACCUGGAGGAACAUUUGGGUCAAGGAUCAAAUGGAACUUCACCAAAUUCCUAGUGGAUAAAGAAGGCCAUGUUGUCAACCGAUAUGCACCUACAACUGCCCCAUUGUCCAUCGAGCAAGACAUUAAUAAAGUGCUGGGGUUUGAAUGAGACUUUACAGCCAAGUCCGGUGUACAAUGAGUUAGAUACUAGAUAGCAAAUGAGAAAUGCAGAAUGACAUCGAUGUAUUUACCUAUUUGUAGCCUUUAUGUAUGUAAUACCUUGCGUUCGGUCUUUAUUGUUGUUUUUGUUAAGAUGUUUUGAGUUCCAAGGUGGCAGACCCUUUGUUUCUAAGACAAAAAAGGUUUGAUGAAGUUCAUUGUGAUAGUCUCUGGUAAUUUGCUCAUACCUCUCAGGUAUAAACAUAUCUCUGGUCUAUAUCUGUGCCAUCCAAUGCCCCAAACGUUCCUUAUGGGUAGGUGGUUGGGUUUAUCUUCAAGCUGAUAUAGGUAGUAUAUUGUACUAGUUAAUUUGCAGCGCUAUGUGUUGUAUUGCUGUUCUAGUCUGUACUUAAAGCUUCCAGAUCUAACAAUGUAAUGGUUGUAUCCCCAAAAAGUGAGGUGCUCUUUUGGUAUGA